CCCCACUGUGUAUAUAUAUAUGACCAAUAGUCAAAGUCAUCCUGUUUUCUUCCGUUUGGUGUCUAAUAAACACAUUGUUGUUUUCAGGCCUACUACCUAUGCUACAGCCUCCUGGCCUUGGCCAACGAACCACCAACUUUGAGUUCUUCCCUUCGGAGCAAAAGAACCAGUUGUUGUUGCUAAGUGCUGAGCUGGAGAAACACAUCAAAAGUGACAUCAGGGAGAGUGAGAAGAUGCUUUACAGGAGCAAGGUGAAGGACCUUGUUGCCAGGAUCUCCAUCAAGUGGCAGGUGCUGGUCCAGAGAACCAGGCCUCUCCAGGUAGACAUGCAUAGAGAGCUACAGUACAUAAAGCCAUAG